UUCCUUAUCUAUAUAUCCCUAUCUCCGUAUCUCGUAUCCUUUAUUCCUUCAUUCUUCCCUUUUUUUGAUAUCUGAGUGCUGGCCAAAUUGUUGCAAUGGCAGAGGCAGCGGUGUCGAUUGCUCUUGAAACCAUCCGUGAUUUGCUAUUGGAAGAGGGACGGUUUUUAGCUGGUGUCGCCGAUCAAGUCAAGGAGCUCGAGCGGCAGCUCAAAGAGAUGAAGUGUUUCCUCAAAGACGCUGACAAACGACGACAUGAAAGCAGUACCAUCUUCAAUUGGAUCUCGGAAAUCAGAGAUCUCGUCUACAGAUCUGAAUCCGCCAUUGAAAGACAUGCAGCUUAUCAAGUUUCUUCAAGGAGAAGAAGCCUCAGGCAGUUCGUCCGCAAAUAUUCCUGCAUUUUGACAGAUUGCAACUCACUCCACCAAUUAGGCUCCGAGAUUUCACAAAUUACAUCAAGUCUGGAGAGGAUAAGCAAGGCUAUGCAAGAAAACGGCAUAAAAAGAAGCAUAAUCAUGAAUCCAAAUGGAGAGCGGGAAAGCUCGGGUGGAAACAACAUGUCAAGGAAGACUUUCCCCAAUUUGGAGAUGGGAGAUUGCUUCGCAGGCAUGGAGGAUGAGCUGAAGCAGCUGGUUCAAUUCCUAGGGCAAGAAACAGAGGAUCGAAUUAUAUCUGUGUGGGGAAUGGGUGGGUCAGGCAAGACCGCCAUUGCCAAGAAGCUCUACAACGAGACGACCGACUUUGAUCUCUCUGCGUGGGUUUGCAUUACUCAGCAGUGCGAGAGUCGAUCGGUGUGGGAGGAUGUUCUGAGGCAGCUUGAAAAGAAGAGGAGUGUUACAAGUCUGAGCCAUGAACCACGAAUAAGGGAGGAGGUUCCAAGUCUGAAGGACUCAGAGUUGAUUGAGAAACUAUGUGAGAUACAAAGAGAGAAGCGAUGUCUCAUUGUUUUGGAUGAUGUUUGGGAGCUUUCUCAUUGGGAUGAGUUGAAGCAGCCGUUCAUUGCCCAAGAUUCGCAGAGCAAAAUAUUGGUGACAACACGGAAACAAAAUGUCGCAGAGAUUGGAUUGGCAGUGAAACAUGGGCUUUUACAUAUGGAUGCUGCUUUGGAACUACUCAAAAACAAAGCAUUUCAGCAUGGAAACAUUCCAUACUUUGCAUUGGAAGAAAGAUUUGAAACAAUUGGGAAAGAAAUGGUACAAAAAUGUGGUUAUUUGCCAUUGGCAAUUUCUUUACUUGGUGGGGUUUUGAGAGUGAAAAAAUCGAUUGUUGAGUGGGAAUCAGUAAAUGAGCACAUCAAAGCAGCCAUAUAUGGAGUUGAAGAGCGGAUUGAUGGAGUGCUGAAUUUAAGCUAUGAAAGUUUACCCUAUUAUUUGAAGCCUUGCUUUCUCUAUUUGGGUGUUUUUCACGAGGAUGAAACCAUAGGUGUUUUUUCUCUAUAUAAGAUGUGGAUUGCACAAGGCAUGAUUUCAUAUGAGAAUAUUGGAGACAAGGAGGACUCUUUAAUGGACAUCGCUGAGCUUUACUUAAGUGAGUUAGCCUCCAGGUCCAUCGUUCAAGUUGAAAUUAGUCUUGAUUAUGAUGUCAGAAAUCGAAAAUAUCGUUCAUGCAAACUUCAUGAUGUAGUAAGAGAACUAUGUUUGAAAUUGGGAAAAAAGGAUCAUUUUGGUGUGCAGAGUUUGGAGUAUAAAGGUGGGAAACUUAGUACCUUACUACGGGAAGCUUCGUCGCAUACGAAGAUACAACAUCUGGUAAUAGAUUUCAGAAAUGAAGUCGAGUAUGAGCAUAUAGAUGCUUGUGAAGAAGAUACUUGGGAGCAUAUAAGAAUGAAGAAUCUCCGAUAUUUUGUAGCAAGAAUAUACGAUAAUGAAAGCUUGUCAGCUAUCAUGAAUGGCAUUAUGAACUGGAACAAGAUACAGGAUUGUCAAGUAACCAUUGAAGGAAGUUGCGACUUAACAAGUGAGGGAAUGCUGGAGAAGGCUUUGACAUGUCCCAAUCUUUAUGAAUUGAAUAUUGUAUCUGAAUCAGUAAAGGCGCUAGCAAAGUGCGAGAGUGAUUUGUUGAGCUCGAAACUUAAAUGUUUGUGUCUGUUUGGUUGUGAGAUUGAGGAUGAUCCAAUGGGGAUACUGGGAAAGCUUCCUUGCUUGGUAACAUUGCAAUUCAAGAAGGACUCAUUUGUUGGGGAGGAGAUGACAUGUCCAACAACAGUUUUCUUUGCCUCAAGAAGCUAG